AUGGAAAUACAUUUGAAAGCUCUUUUAAUAAAGAAUUGGAUACUUUGGAAAAGAAACAAAUGCAUGUCAUGCAUGGAAAUAUUCAUUCCAAUUGUUACAACAUUAUUUUUAGUUAUAUUUAGAAAGAGUGUAGCAAUAGAUACUGUUGAAUAGCAAAAUUUCCUUCCUGAUUAGCGAACCUUAUGGCCUGAUGCGAGCUCUUUCAUACAAGCAUAUUAAACAAAUCCUAAAAUAAAAAUUAUGAAAAGUUGCAGCACUUCUUCUCACGUUGCGCUUGCAGCUCCUUAAAACGUAUAUACAUAAAUAAGUAGUUAUUUUCAAGCAAUUUAAUACUAAGUCAAGUAGUAUUAAGACGAAUCUCAAAUAUUAUCCUAUAUCAAAAGUAGUAGCUAUAACAAUGAUCUUUGCUUUGGCAUAUAUAUAAAUGUAUUUGAUGCUUCUUCUCUAAGUUUCAAAUAUUCUCUUUACUUUAAUAAUUCUAUAUACAACGAUAACCCUGAUGUGCCUCAAGAAGAUGGGUAAAAUUAAUCAACUACAACUGAAGAAAUGUAUUCAUAGUAUUUUAAGCCAUGGUUCCAAUCAGGGUUUCUGUAAAUACAAAAUUGGAUAGACAGAGAAAUUCUCAAAAGCGUUGCAGGAUCAAGUUCGAACCCUACGUUUUAAAUAUAAAUGGCUGGUUAGGAAUCAUUACCUUAUAAGUCUGAUUCAUUUUAAGAAGUUAUGCAAAAUGCCUCAAAUACAUUCUUCGUCUUACCAUAUAUUUACGUGUUUUUAAAAAUGACUCAGAAACUGCUGACUGAGAAGGAAAAAAGAAUUAGAGAAGGCAUGAAAGUUAUGGGAAUGAAAGAUUCAUCUUUUUACAAAAGUUGGAUUAUUACUUACGGGCUCAUCUACUUUAUAACUUGCUUUUUCCAAACAAUUUUUCUUUGCACUUCUGUUCUUAAAAAUUCAAAUUUUCUUCUUAUUCUUAUCUGGCUCUACUUAUUUUGCAUUUCUCUGAUCUUUUAAUCUAUAUUUAUUACAACAUUCUUUUCAUCUGCUUAGAUGGGAAAUAUAUUUGGAAUUAUUUUUUAUUUGAUAAUGUACAUGAUGAUUAAUUUUUUUAAUUAAGAUGGAGUUAGUUCUGCAGCAAAAACCUUUGCAAGCUUUUUUUCCUAAACUGGAAUGAGCUUUGCAUCAAAUGUAUUUAUUAAAAAAGAAGUAGAUGGAGUUGGUAUUUAGUUUAGUAAUAUUUAAGAUUCUUAUAAAGGAAUUUCAGUAGGUGUUGUAUGGCUCAUGUGCAUCAUCAAUAUUUUAGUCUUCGGUACUCUUGCAUUUUACUUUGAUUAGGUUUUUCCUAAUGAAUUUGGAUAGAAGAAGCAUCCUUUAUUUUUUUUAGACUGUUGUUGGAAUAGAAAUCAAAAAAAAACCAAAUACUUUAAUAAAAGUAAUUUAACUGCUGAAAAUCAUCCUAACUUCGAGCCUGUAGACGAAUAUCUAAGAGACUAAGAAAAAAAAUCUUCUUGUCUCAGACUCAGAGCUCUGGAAAAAGUCUAUCCAAACGGAAAAUAUGCUGUAAAAGGCGUUACUUUAACCAUGUAUAGCGGAUAAAUUUUUGUUUUAUUGGGUCACAACGGUGCUGGUAAAACUUCAACAAUUGCUAUGCUAACUGGUAUGCAAGAAAUUACGAGUGGAUCUGCUUCAGUUUUUGGUAGAGACGUUGAAGACUAGAUGAAAGAAAUAAGAAAAUUUAUGGGAUUCUGUCCACAAUAUGAUAUCCUCUUUGAUUAAUUGACAGUUAAAGAACAUUUAAAUUUAUUUGCAAUUUUCAAAGGUAUGAAAGAUAAACACGAAAUUAGCAAAGCUGUAGACCAAGCAAUUUAUGAUGUUGAUUUAAUGGAGAAGUGUGAUGAAUACAGUAUGAAUUUAAGUGGAGGUCAAAAAAGAAGACUCUCAGUAGCAAUGGCUUUUAUAGGUGAAUCUAGGCUUAUAUUUUUAGAUGAACCUACAAGCGGAAUGGAUACAAGUGCUAGAAGACACAUCUGGGAAAUGCUAAAAAAAUAUAAAACAAACAAAAUCGUAAUUUUAACAACUCAUUUCAUGGACGAGGCAGAUUUCUUAGGAGAUAGAAUUGCCAUUAUGAACGAUGGAAAAAUUUAGUGCUGUGGAAGUAGCAUUUUCUUGAAAAAUAAAUUUGGUGUAGGCUACAAUCUUGUGAUUUCGAAAUAGCAAACUUUCGGAUCUAACAAUAAUAUUUUGGAAAUGGUUUUCAAGUAUGUACCAGAGUAUAAAUUAAUUUCUAACGUUUCAGCUGAAAUUUAGAUGCAAUUACCACUUAGCUAUUUGCCACAAUUUGAGUAGCUUUUUGAUGAAAUAGAUCAAAGAAAAGCAGAGCUAGGAAUAUAGACUUAUGCAAUCAGCAUAACAACUCUCGAAGAAGUUUUCUUAAAGGUUACUCACAAAUUUGAUUUCUCCAAAAAUGCAAAGGAAGAUUAGGAAGAUAAAAAAGAUUAAUUUUCAAUCAGUCAGCAGAAAGUUAGAGAUGAAUUCACCCUUUCUUUUAUGCAGCUAAAAGUCAUGCUGAAGAAGAGACUUCUUUAUUUUAAAAGAGAUAAGAAAAGCUGCAUCUGUGAAAUAUGUCUUCCAAUUUUUAUCAUUUUAAUAGGAUUGCUUCUUUGUCAAAUUAAAUUUAUCACUGAAUCAAGCCCAAUAAUUGUUUCUGAUCCUUCAUCUUCUACUCUUUAAAAUCCUGAAGUUAUUUAUACAGGCUCAUCUUCGGCAGAUGUAUAAAACUCUGUGCAAAAAAUAUUGCCAUUUAUACCUACUGCUUUUACAGUAACUUCAUCAAAUCAGAACACAACAACUGAUCUUUACAAUUUAAUUUUUAAAAACUAUUACAACCAAUACAUAGGAUCUGUAUUUUAUAAUAUGUUUAAUAGUGUUUCAAAUGUUUACAAUUACACCUGCUUAAUAAAUACAAAUAAUAAAUUUGGUCCACCUCUCUUCUUGAAUACAAUUAAUCAAGCAAUCAUUAGUCAAGUUGCAAAAAAAAAUGUUUAAAUUGAAGUAACGAUGAGGCCAUUUCCAUUUACGUAAUCAGAGUACUAAAAAGCGCUGCAAGUAGGAGGUUUUAUAGCCAGUUUUAUUUUUAGUCUAGGACUUUCUUUUAUCCCUUCAAGUAUAGUUCAAUAUAUUGUGAGAGAAAAAGAGUUAAAAAUAAAACAUCAGCAGCUGAUCAGUGGAUUAACCAUUACUAUCUAUUGGUUUUCCAAUAUUUUAGUAGAUUUUAUCAAACAUAUCAUUCCUUCUAUAUUUUCAAUCAUGCUAAUCCUUGCAUUUCAAGUGUAAUCUCUAACUUAGAAUCAAGGAGGUGCUGCGAUGUCAAUUCUGAUCAUACUUUACGGAUGGGCAGUUAUUCCUUUUACUUAUUACCUUAGCUUCUAAUUUGAGAACACAGACAGUUCUCAAGUUUAAACCUUCUUUUUUAGCUUUUCUUCUGGUAGUCUGCUUCCGAUGAUAGCUUUGAUCCUCUAAAUUAUAUCAUCUACAAGAAACGCUGGUAAGUUGAUAUCUUUGAUAUUGAGAGUAAUAUUCCCUACCUUUUGCUUUGGUGAAGCUGUUACUAAAAUAGGAAGCACUUCUGCUGUUGCGCUAAUUAACGAUAUGUCACCCAAUGAUUUGACUGCCUUUAGCGUCGAAGUAGCUGGCUUGAACAUUAUAAUUUUAUUUAUUCAAGGAAUUGUCUUUUUUUGUCUUAUUUUUGUGAAAGAGCGUUUCUAAAAUGGGUUAUUUGGUAACUGUUUCUCAAAGGAGAAUUAAUAUCCUUAUGAGUUAACAAGAUACGAUGAAGAUGUAACUUAUGAGAUGAAAAAAGUUGAAAGAACUAACCCUAGAUCAUAUAAUGUUUGCGUUAGAAACAUCAGGAAAGUUUUUGUGCCUUCAGAAGACAGAGUAAAAGUUGCAGUAGACAGAAUUUCUUUUGGAGUAGAGAAUGGUGAAUGCUUUACACUUCUAGGUGUAAACGGUGCAGGAAAAACCACAACUUUCAAAAUGUUGGGAGGCGAAAUCAAGCCAUCAGAUGGUGAAAUAUACAUAAUGGGAGUUAAUUAAAAUGAAAGUCUAAAUAAAACAAGAUAGUUUAUUGGAUAUUGCCCUCAGUUUGAUGCUCUUCUACCUUUAUUAACUGCAAGAGAGCAUUUAGAAAUAUAUUCAUCAAUAAAAGGAAUCCCUAAUGAUCUAUAAGAUAGACUAAUAUCAUAAAAAAUCUCUGAAUUAGACUUAGGCUAUUUUUCUGAAAUUUAGGCAGGAACGUAUUCAGGUGGAAAUAAGAGAAAAUUGAGUACAGCAAUAGCAAUGAUUGGAAAUCCUCCAAUCAUUCUAUUAGAUGAACCCUCAACAGGUAUGGAUCCAGCAGCAAGAAGAUUUAUGUGGAGUGUUAUUUCUAAUGCAAGCACAAAAAGAAAGAAAACUUCUGUCAUUUUGACAACUCAUUCUAUGGAAGAAGCAGAAGCCUUAAGUUCUCGUAUGGCUAUUUAGGUUGAUGGAGAAUUAAAAUGCAUAGGAACAGUUCCUCAUAUAAAAUAUAAAUUUGGUAUUGGUUACGAAGUUGAAAUAAAAUUUUAAUAAAUUGGAUUCAAGCAAGUAAAGUCUAUAAUGAACAAAUUCAAGAUAAAACCUGGAAAGAAGGUCAAUGAAAAGAACUUAGAUCAUUAUUUAGAAAAAUUAGAAUCUUAGUAUCUUGUGAAGAGAAUAUCUAGCAAAGGAAGUGGCAGUAGCCUUUAUUAAUAAUUAAUGUCCAGUAAAGGACUGUACAUAGAAUCUCUAGUCGAAUUUAAGUUAGUGGAAGAUUUAGGAGACAAAGUUAUACAAUACUUUUAGCAAAAUGAUUUUGAAAAAGUAGAUGUGAUUGAACACUUUUAAUCAUUUUAUCGUCUCAGAAUACAAGCUCACUCAUCGAUUGGAAAAAUUUUUGGUAUUUUUGAAAAGAAUAAGAAAGAAUUUUGUAUAAGCCAAUAUUCUAUUAAGCAAGCUUCGAUAGAAUAGAUAUUUAACGCUUUUGCAGAAGGAAGAAUUAAAAUUAAUCCUGAAUAUAAAAAGAAUUCUCAACCAUAGAAUAAGCAAAAUGAAAAUUAAUAAGCCUAAUAAAAGUUGUAAUAAGAACAAUAGCUGAAAUAAUCCUCAUUACCUUAAAUAUAAACGGAUUUGUAGCAACAAACCCAAAUGUAAUAACAAAGUAUUAAUUUACCUGCAAUCUAAGAAGCUGAACUUAAAAUUAAUCCAGAUAACUCCCUUGUGAUCAAGAGUUCUCAUGUAAUGAUUGAAGUACAAAACCUUUAAUAAAAAGAUUAAAAAUAACCGAGCAAUAACAAACAACUUAAAACUCUUCCUAACCAAUCUAAUAAAAACAAAGGAAGCUAAAAGAGGUAAGCUUCUGAUAAAAGAUCAACAAGCUCUGGUUCAACAAUGGGAAAUUUUUCAUAAAAAGGGAACAAAAUUAGACUUUGA